CCUGGGUUCUCCUCCAGUCUGCAUUGCUCUCGCUUCUUUCCUCCCGUCGGUCCUUUCUCCCGUUUCUUCCGAAUGUAUCUUGAUUACAUGGCGCUUUCACUGUGAUCGGCGCCAAUUUUGAUCCUCGUUCUUCGCCGGUGCAAUUUCCUCGCCCGAGACCAACCCAUUCGCCUCCUUUCGGGAGUUCGGUCGAGACAUGCAGGCAUGGAGGACUAGAGGCAAACACUGCCUAUUCUGUUCCUACCAGGCACUACUGCGCCCCGUGACAAGAACUUUUGCGACCACGCCAACCCUGCAGCGCUCCGGGGGCUCGUCAAAGAAGGCCAAGCAAUCAAAGAAAGCUAUUACUCCGGUAAAACCUUCUGCUCUGCGCGAACCUGUCAAAAAGUGGGACAGACAACAGAUCACCGCGCCUGACUUCGCCGGCAUCGUCCAAGCCCUCCUUCUUGAAUACCGGCAGAAGUUUCCAGUCGAAUCGGAAGCGGGAUUGAAAAAAUGGCAGAGAUUCGAACGAUAUGUGUUGAACGCGUGCAAGGUCGAGCAAAAAGGCAGGGCCGCGGUUGGCCCGUUGCGACAGCUGAAGCUCACGCUGCAGAAAGCCUACAUUAAAGAUGGCGUGAGGGGGCUGAAGACUGAGCUGGAUUAUGUUCUCUAUGCUGAGGAGCUCACCUCCAAGUACUCCGCCCCAAAUCUGAGACAACAGCAAAGCGCGGCCGAUAUGCGUUAUCCGGCGGAAUGGUACCCGCAGGCACGCGCCAUGCGCCGGACAAUACAUCUACAUGUUGGGCCGACGAACUCGGGGAAGACGUACAAUGCGCUUAAGCGGCUUCGGGAAACCAAGAGUGGCUUCUAUGCCGGUCCGCUAAGGUUGCUCGCCCAGGAAGUGUACUACCGAUUCAAAGCCAGUGGAACGUCAUGCAGUCUUGUCACGGGGGAUGAUGUCAAAGUUCCCGAUGAUCAUGUAGCAGCCGUCAUAUGCAACACGGUCGAGAUGGUCGAUAUAGCAGAGUCUUUUGAGGUCGGCGUCAUUGAUGAGAUUCAAAUGUUGGCGGACCCCCAGCGUGGGUGGGCUUGGACUCGUGCCCUCCUGGGGUCGCGUGCCACCGAAUUGCACCUUUGUGGUGAAACCAGGGUUGUGCCUUUGAUUCGCGAUAUCGCUGCGCUUACGGGAGACAAACUUGAGAUCCACCACUAUGAGCGAUUGAAUCCUCUCAAGGUUUCAAGUAAGAGUCUUGAGGGUAACCUCCAGAACCUCGAGAAGGGGGAUUGCGUCGUGGCAUUUUCUCGAGUUGGAAUCCAUGCCUUGAAGUCGGACAUUGAGAAGGCUACGGGGCGACGAGCGGCGAUUGUCUAUGGGAGUUUGCCAGCCGAAAUUCGGAUUCAACAAGCCGGCUUAUUCAACGAUCCCGACAAUGAGUACGAUUUCUUGGUUGCCAGUGAUGCUAUCGGCAUGGGUCUGAACUUGAGCUGCAAGCGCGUUAUCUUCGAGACUCUGGUGAAAAGGACCCCAAAUGGCCUUCAGAGACUCACCGUGCCUGAAAUCAAGCAGAUUGGAGGGCGAGCCGGUCGCUAUCGAUCGGCCGGGCAAACAAAAAGUAGCGAAACAGAUGAACCAAACGUUGGACUCGUGACGUGCUUGGAAGAGAUCGACCUGCCUUUUAUCCAAGCGGCCAUGUCCACCGAGCCGCCUCCCUUGACUGCCGCCGGCAUUUUUCCUCCCGAUGUCGUGUUCCACAAGCUCGGGGCUUACUUUCCACCCAAUGUACCAUUGGAAUACAUAAUCAAGCGCACGAUGGAACUCUCUAAGAACAGCCCAUUGUUCUUCCUUUGCAACCCACGAGGUCAGCUCGAAAAUGCCGAGAUUAUCGAUACCGUGAGUGGAUUACGACUGGAGGACCAACUGACGUUCAUGGCGGCCCCGUUGACCACCCGGGAUCAACAAUCCCGCGACGUUUCGCGUGCACUCGCGGAAUGCGUCGCGAAUCAUACCAACGGUCACUUGUUGGACAUUCACGAGUUUGGUCUGGAGAUCUUGGAGGAGCCAGUGUCCGGAAGCAAGCAGUAUCUGCACGGCUUGGAAGUUCUUCACAAAGCCCUCAUCUCAUACAUGUGGCUCAGUUUUCGAUUCGGCGGCGUCUUCACGGACCGCACACUCGCCGGUCAUGUCAAAGAAUUGGUGGAGGAGAGGAUGAUCCGGGCUUUGACCGAAUUCUCUGCCAACAAGAAGCUCCGAAGAGAUGCCUCGCUCCGUCGACAGAUUGCUCUGCAGAAACAAAUCGAGGAGCACCAACGGCUUCUUUCUGAUGCGGAUUACCGGUCUGAGGACCAGCAGCCACUUCCGGUUGACCUCUCCGCGGAGAACAGUUCUUCGACGGAAGCCUCUCCUGAGGCCAAUGCCAUGUGAAGGAGAAUUUAAAAACGUAUUCACACUGGCUAGACUUCAUGACUGUGAUAUAUAUGGAUCUAUGUUUGGGGUGUUCUGGGAGUGCAGAAUUACACGCUGGAUAGCCUGAAAAAAAGUGACGCAUGUUCUUGUGAAUAUAAUAUGUGAAUAUUUGUAUACUUGUAUAUUAGAUAUGGGUGAAAGCACCUGAACCUCGCUGCUCGACUGUCUUGUAAGAAUAAAGGGCUAUGAUUUAUUGAG